AUGGAAGGUAACGAUGCAAUACUCGCAAAGAAACUACAAGAAGAAGAAUAUAAUUUUAUCAACGAGGAUGUCAAUUCUUUAGCUCUGGCACGUCAGCUGCAAGCCGAAGAAGACUUGGAUAAUAACGAAAAUCCUGAAGAUCCAAAUCCUGAUAUUCAUGGCCUCUUUAUCGCUUUCGAUCAACAAUACUUUUGGGGAAGCUUGAAAAGUGUUGAGGUUAGAUGGUCAAACAAAAUGACUUUGGUAUGGUGUGCUGGGUUAUGUUAUUAUCAAUCAGGUGGUUAUUGUAGUAUAAGGUUAAGCGAGCCAUUAUUGAAAUUUCGAACUCGUCAGGAUAUGAUUGAAACAUUAUUACACGAAAUGAUUCAUGCUUAUCUAUUUGUAACGAAAAAUUAUAAAGAUCAUAAUGCACACGGUCCUGAAUUCCUUAAACACAUGGAACGUAUAAACGCUGCUGCUGGAACAAAAAUAACCGUGUAUCAUAAUUUUCGUGAUGAAGGUCCAUGCCAGUUUAAACCGCCUUAUUUUGGAAUUGUGCAACGAGCUAUGAAUAGGCCUCCACAGCCUGCUGAUAGUUGGUGGGAAAAACACAAACAAUCAUGUGGUGGUAAUUAUCAUAAGAUUGCUGAACCUCAAAAAGAGGAAAAGAAUCAAGUAACGAAAGUUCGAAGACGUAAACUUGAUAAUGCUAGUGGUAGUAAUACAUCAUUAGAUAAAUGGUUCCGUAAAGAUGUUGAUAAAGAGAAAUCUCAAGGUCCAAAGUUCAAGAGACGAUGUACCGAUGUCGAUAAUGUACAUGAAAAUAAUAAUCAAUUAACUGAUUUUAAAGAUGACUCUAAUGAAAAAGGUGACUCUAUAAAUAAAUCCUCUUCAACCUCUCAUAUAUCGAAUACUGUUCAGUGCCCAAUUUGUGGAAAUAGUACGAUCGAUAAUUCAGCAAUUAAUGAUCAUAUUGAUUUAUGUAUUUGGGCAUCUGAAAAUGGUGAACAAUUGCCAAUUACGUAA